AUGUGGAGACAUUUGCUGCCCAUUCUGGCACUCUGUGCUAUGGCCCAGGCCCAGUGCCGGUUCACCAGGGCCGAGGUCGAGAGAACCACUCGCAUCUUCAUGGUGCGUCUCCCUAAUCGGCAGCUCUCGUUAAAACGAACGGCAAGCUCACCUGUCGGCGAGGUCCUUCAGAUGUGGUGCAAUCCCCAGGACAUACGGGCAGCCACUUGCCAGCGGGCACAGGGCAACAGAGUGUCAUUCCGUCCCCCGCUACCCAUGACAUGUCAAAGGGCACCGGCGGCCUUGACCACACCGGUUCCGGAUCGCAGCUGCCCGGCCACCAUGUACCGGGUGGGCUAUAAUGUGGGUAACAACCAGUUCCUGGAGCUCUAUCGCGCCUGCUUCGACCGUAGAGCAGUUCGUGCAAUCUUCGUGGAUCAUCGGGUGUACGCCAAGACUUUCUUUGCCCAGCGACCUUGUGUGCAGUUCAGCUCAGAUGGAGUGAUCAGUCCAGCCGAUGAGGCGAGUUACACAACCCGGAACAUCUAUGCUACCUUCCGACGACUCUUUGGCAACCGUCAGACCUAUAUAGCCAACAACCAGGAUGUGGUGAUCAAUCGUGGACAUCUGGCCGCCUCGGCUGACUUCUUGUUUGGGGAUCAGAUGUGCUCCACCUUCAAGUAUGUGAAUGCUGUGCCGCAAUUCAAGGCCAUCAACGAUGGCAACUGGGAGGCCAUUGAGCGCUGGGUUCGCAGCUCGGUGACCGGCAAUCAGUUCGUAAAUGUGCGCACUGGAGCACGAGGUGUCCUUUCACUGCCCUCGUCCAGUGGACCCAAGAAUGUCUUCCUUAGUGGAAACAGGAACCCGGUGCCUCUCUGGAUGUACAAAAUAGUUCGCGAUGCUAACAACAGACCCAUAGUGGCCUUCCUAACGCUCAAUAACAUCUAUGCCCGCCAACGUCCGGCGGCACCGAAUUUCUGCCAGGCCGUCAAUUGUCCCAUCAAUUUGCCCAAUAAUGCCCGAUCUGGCUUCACCUUCUGUUGCAAUCCCGCCACUUUCAGACCCUAA